AUGAGAUGCUUCACCCAUCCACUGCUCAGGAAGUUGUUGAGCCUCCCACCUCAGUGUGUGCCAGGGCGAGGGACUCUGAGUAAAGGUGCUGUCCUCUGUCCAAGUCAGUUGUUCCUGAGGCAGAGUGGCAGUGCAGGACCUGGGCUCGUGACUGCCACUGAUAUGGUCAACUAUUGGCAGAAGGUUUUCGAGACAAAUGGAAUCCCUGAAGCACGAGAGUCCAGUCAAUAUAUUGUGUCAUUUGUCCUGGGAGCAAAAACAUUUCAGAGCCUGGAUUCCAAAAACCUCCACACUCCACUUACAGCACUGCAACAGGAGCAAAUCCAACAGCUGAGCCACAAGCGGCUACAAAGGAUGCCAGUGCAGUACGUGCUUGGAGAGUGGGACUUCCAGGACCUGACCCUGAAGAUGAGACCCCCAGUAUUUAUUCCACGGCCUGAAACAGAGGAUCUUGUUUCUUUAGUUGUGGAAGAAGAAUUUCAGAAAUGUGAUAAUUCAGCCCUCUGUUUCCCAGUUCCUGCUCCUCAUCCUGUGAUCCUGGAAAUUGGCUGUGGCUCUGGAGCAAUUGCUCUGAGUCUGCUCUGUAAACUGCCACAGAGCAGAGUCAUAGCCAUGGAUAAAGAGGAGGCUGCCGUGGAUCUCACCAGGGAGAAUGCACAUAGGCUACACCUCCAAGAAAGGAUUCACAUCAUCCACCAAGAUGUUUCACACAGUUCUGCCAAACAGCUGCUGCUCUGGGGCCCCAUAGAUGUCAUAGUCAGUAACCCCCCAUAUAUUUUCCAUGAAGACAUGGCUUCCUUGGAUGCAGAAAUCCUCCGCUAUGAGGACCUUGAUGCCCUGGAUGGGGGAGAUGAUGGCAUGAGAGUCAUCAAAACAGUUCUGGCUUUGGCUACUUCUCUUCUGAAGGUUUCUGGGAGCGUGUUUCUGGAAGUGGAUCCCAGGCAUCCAGAGAUGGUGAAGCACUGGCUACAGGCACAUCCAGACUUACUGCUCACGCUCCUUGCCGUUCACAACGACUUUUGUGGCAAGCCUAGGUUUCUGCACAUCCAGAAACAAAGCAGCUGACAACUGUGUCUGACAUAACUCCUUGCAGGAUGCUUUUUGCUCUUGAGCCCAGCUGAACAGCUUGUUGAAAACUCCUCCUGCCUUGUGAAAGGAAUCUCCAUUCCCCAGAGUGUUGGACUCUCCACGCAGUGACAGACCCCUCAUUUCCUGACACAGACCUCAUCCAGAAAUGCGGAAGUUCGCCUGAGCAUGUGGAAGUGUUUCACCUUCCUCAGGGAACUGCAUGAAACAUGUUA